UACGGUUUAAAAACUCUUAUCUUCCCCUGCCACGAAAACUCUGAAAACCCAGCCGCCACCACUCAGCUCUUUCGGCUCGCUUUAUAUUACAAACCUGAAAAGUUUAAAGUUCAAACGCGUUAAGACUACUGCAGUAUCUACACCCCCUAUCCCCUUAUCCCGCCGCGAUUCCGCCUCCUCACGUUCUCGUGUUCUCCCGCUGCGACUUCGGCGCCUUUCGCGUUUCUCCGGCGUUUCUUUCUCGUUCGGCGACGUCGGCAUAGUACGUCAACCAUUUUUUUCUUGCUUAGUUUGAAUGCUGUGACUAUGGCUUAAUUUCGAAGUGAGCUUGAAGCCAAGCCUAAUAAGCGAGCCAACCUUGAAGCCCAAUGAAGGAGUUCGGCGAACCCGAUCCAAGUUUGGUUUGUCUACACGAACAUGUGCCUUUUUCUAACUAAACACAAACUCUCGAGUGGCGAACAAAGUUGAACACGAACAAGUUAUUUUCUAAUGAGUUAAGCCCACCCCAAAACGAGUUUCACCCUGUUCAGGCUCAAAUCCAGCCCUAGCCGUGCCUCAAAACAACUUUAAAGUAAUGGCAUCAAGAGGAGAAGGAGGGAACUUACUAAAAUCAACAACUGUUAAUGGAGUAAAGGUGUACUCCAUUGUUUCACAACAACGCUCUGUGGCUGCUUGGAUCCCUCCAAAGAAGCAACGAGCUCUUCGUAAAAAUGCUGAUUAUCAACGAAGAGUUGAAUUAAUUCAGGACUUGUGGUUUGAAACUGCAACCACAAAAAUCAAGGCUACUCCUGAUGGAGAAUUUCUUAUCGUCUCAGGUAUAUAUCCACCACAAGUCAAAGUAUACGAGUUAAGGCAAUUGGCUUUGAAGUUUGAGAGACACUUGGAUUCCGAGAUAAUUGAUUUUGAGGUAUUGGCUGAUGAUUAUUCGAAGCUUGCAUUUUUAUGUGCUGAUCGCUCUGUUUGUCUACAUGCCAAAUAUGGAAUGCACUAUACUUUGCGAAUCCCCAGGAUGGGGAGGGAUAUGGCAUAUGAUUGCUGGUCUUGUGACUUGCUUUGUGCUGCUUCAUCUCCAGAUUUAUAUAGAAUUAAUUUAGAACAGGGUCGUUUUCUCUCAUCUCUGAAUACGCAAUCACCUGCUCUAAAUGUAGUUUCUCGAAGCAAACUUCAUGGGCUAGUUGCUUGUGGUGGGGAAGAUGGUGCUGUGGAAUGUUUUGACAUGAGAACGAGAUCUUCAGUUGCUAGAAUUAAUGCUAUUGCACCUGCUGGUGAUACUGACCAGGAGGUCACUGCAUUGGAGUUUGACACAAAUGGGGGAUUCCAAAUGGGAGUUGGCAGUAGCAUGGGGAAGGUGUUGAUUUAUGAUUUGCGUUCCUCGUAUCCUAUAAGAAUCAAGGAUCACAUGUAUGGGAGUCCAAUAUUGGAUAUCAAGUGGCAUCAUAGCCUUAACACUGAACGACCAAAGUUGAUUACAACAGACAAUCAUGUUGUCAGAAUAUGGGACCCUGAGACAGGAGAAGGCAGGACCCCGAUUGAACCAUCAGGUGGGAAAAUAAAUGAUAUAUGUGUGUUCAAAGACAGCGGGUUGGUGUUGCUGGCUUUAGAUAGCAGCCAGAUACCAGCUUACUUCAUACCUGAUUUGGGACCUUCUCCCAAAUGGUGUGCUCCAAUGGAAAAUAUGACGGAAGAGCUAGAGGAAGGUGGACAAACAACCAUAUAUGAUAAUUACAAAUUUUUGACAAGAGAAGAUCUUGAAAAGUUGAAUUUGACAAGUCUAAUUGGCACCAAUCUUCUAAGAGCUUAUAUGCAUGGCUUCUUUAUUGAUUAUCGACUAUAUAAGAAGGCAAAGGCAAUAGCAGAUCCUUUUGCAUAUGAAACCUAUAAAGAUGAGCAGAAACAAAGGAAACUUGAGGAGCAACGGGCAUCUAGAAUUACGCUUAAAAGGAAAUUACCCAAGGUUAACCGUGGUCUUGCAGCUCGUAUCCUUGAAAAUGAAGAAGCUGAAAAUGAAUGUAAAGAUGUUGAUGACAUCGAGACUAAGAAGAAAUCCAAGAAGAAGAAAGGCCUUGGCAGUGAUGUUUUCAAAGAUGAACGAUUUGCAGCUAUGUUUGAAAAUAAGGACUAUGAAAUUGAUGAGUUAUCGAACGAGUAUCUUGCUCUACAUCCUCUGGCUUCUCAGAAGCAACCAUCUCUGGUGGAGGAACAUUUUGAACCUGCAAUGGAGGAUGAAGAUCAGAGUGCAAGUGAUUCUGAUGUCUCAGCAGCAUCUCAGCCAUCAGAGGAUGAGCUUGGCAAGAAUAAGAUGAAUAAGAAAGCACGAGCUCCUAGAUUGUAUGAAGUUAAGGAUGAAAGGCAUGCAGAGGCAUUUUGGAAGCAUGUAUCACUUGCAAAAGAGGACGCUCUUCCUAUGGGAGAGAGGUUGAAGGCUCUUCAAAAGGAUACUUCUGGUCUCCCAAGUAAUGUGAAGUUAGGACCAGGUGGUUCACGAGAGAUUUCGUUCACUACUAGAAACUCAGCCAAAUACAAGGAAGAUGAAGAAGACAAAGGGGCACAUCAAGUAAAGAGAAGAGGAAUACAAUCAUUAGGGCUGAAAUCAGAUGGUUCAAGGUCACGAGGCAGAGGUCGAGCACGAGGAGGCUAUCGAGGGAAUGGUAGGAGAGGAAGACGGUGAUCAUAAAUUUCAAACAUGCCUUUUUUGUGCAUUUUGGGGGUUUAUUAGGAAGGAUUUUUCCUCCGCAUUUUUGCAGAUUAACAUUAUUUGUUGUAACAUAUUCGGUUUGUGAGUAACGGAGUAUUAUAUUUCAUAUUUGGUUUUGUGAGAAA